AUGAAGGAUGUCAUUCUUAUAGAUUUACAAGAAAAUGACCUUCAUUCUUUAAAUGCAUAUAUUAAAGCUAUUAACACCGUUAUGGAUAUCAAUCCAUUUCCAAAGAAGAAGUGUGAAGAAAAGAAUGAUAUCCUCUUAGUUGCAAUGAAGAUGCUGAAAACACAAUUACGUCAUCUUCCUUUGGGUUUCAACAAUCCUAUUAAAAUUCUAGCUUGUGGCUAUACAUAUCAUAGAUUCUGUUACAGUAACAAUAGGUUUAAAUGCUUACAUUGUCUCUCAUUCUUAUGCAACGGUAUUGAUGAACAUGUUCAAUCUUUAUUAAAAUCUUUGCAAAAACGAAAAGAGCAGGUUAUUAAACCAGAAAGUAAUAUUCCUUGCGAUGACAAUGAUGAUGAAAGUGAACUCAUAAAAUAUAUAGCAUAUGCAUUAGAAGAGGCAUUGCAUAAAUUUCAACAGCAAUAG